AUGAACACUGCCCGGGAGAUAAAACGUAAGUUGCUCACCUUUACUCCGAUCAUGUAACGAUGAGUAAUAGCUGGCAAAACCUGCAUUGCGUUUGCGUUUUUAUAUAUAUCUUGAUUGCCAGGUUGCUGUUGUUGUUGACGUGAUUUUGAAGGUAUGGCAACGCGAGACUAUUGUUGACCAAACAUACCUCAUACCAAGGCAUUCAGGCAAUUGGCAUUUGUGGACUUUGUACAUACGCUCACACACAAUUUAUUUUCCUAUUUUUUCCCCAUAGAACUACAGAAAGCUAAGAACAAAGCUCAGAGCAAUAAUAAUCUGAGAGAAGAGGCCAGUCUGUGCAAUCAACUGGGAGAGGUGUUGUCAAGAAAUGGUAAUGUGAUCAUCUUUUUACUUCAUUGCAUAGAGAAAGUGUCAAUUUAGUCAUAUCUAAUAUUCUUUAUGAAACACAGACAUAAAAAUACCAUGACUUUUGGUAUUUUCACGAAUCCAUAGAAUAGUCCUUUGGAGGAAGGAUUGUUGACAUAUUUGACAUUUGUAUUUAAAUUAUUUCUCAUUUAUGCUUUUAUCAAAGUUGGCAUAUUUAUGACAUUUUGGCCUUAUCCAGGCCUCCUUUAAGACUCCAUAGUGUUUAAUCUUUAGGUGAUACGAAGCAAACAUUGGUUUCAAAUGAAAAUGUACCACUCACUCUGUAAUAUGAUAGUAUUUUGACUUCAAUAACUUUUUUACAUUAAUUUAUGAAUAUUGAAAAAUAUAAACAUGAAUAUUGAAAAUAUAAAAUUUUAGAUUCUGAAUAUUUUUGUAUAUAAUGUUGAACAUAAUAUACUCUUAAGGGCAUAUCAAAGUUCCUGAGUGGGAUUUCUGCUACUUUUAGAGUUAUGAUCCAAUUUGUAAGCAUUACCAACAGAGUGAAUGUGAAAAUGGAGUCAAGAUGGUCUGUUGGUGAUCCCACUCUGGAACUUUGAUAUGCCGUAGAGUAUUAUGUUCAAUAAUAUAUUGAACAAUGUGCCUAUUAAUCAAAAAUUUUAUAUUUCAAUAUUCAUGUUUAUAUUUUUCAAUAUUCAGACAUUUAUGUUUAUUUGAUUGAAAUCAAAAUACUACUCAUAUUACAGAGCAAGCGGUAAAGCUUCAUAUGACAUCAAUUUUUGCAUUGUAGCUAGCAGUCCCCCUUCUGAUAACCAGGUGGCGAAUCGCAUCUCUGCAUGUCUGGCAGACAUAUCAGUAUGGAUGACGGAUCACCACCUCAAGCUGAACCUUGGCAAGACGGAGCUGCUCUUCCUCCCGGGGAAGGACUGCCCGUUCCAUGAUCUCGCCAUCACGGUUGACAACUCCGUUGUGUCCUCCUCCCAGAGUGCGAAGAGCCUUGGCGUGACCCUGGACAACACCCUGUCGUUCUCCGCCAACAUCAAGGCGGUGACCCGAUCCUGCAGGUUCAUGCUCUACAACAUUCGGAGAGUACGACCCUGCCUUACACAGGAAGCGGCACAGGUCCUAAUCCAGGCACUUGUCAUCUCCCGUCUGGAUUACUGCAACUCGCUGUUGGCUGGGCUCCCUGCCUGUGCCAUUAAACCCCUACAACUCAUCCAGAAUGACGCAGCCCGUCUGGUGUUCAACCUUCCCAAGUUCUCUCACGUCACCCCGCUCCUCCGCACACUCCACUGGCUUCCAGUUGAAGCUCGCAUCUGUUACAAGACCAUGGUGCUUGCCUAUGGAGCCGUGAGGGGAACGGCACCUCCGUACCUUCAGGCUCUGAUCAGUCCCUACACCCAAACGAGGGCACUGCGUUCAUCCACCUCUGGCCUGCUGGCUCCCCUUCCUCUGCGGAAGCAUAGUUCCCGCUCAGCCCAGUCAAAACUGUUCGCUGCUCUGGCACCCCAAUGGUGGAACAAGCUCCCUCACGACGCCAGGACAGCGGAGUCACUCACCACCUUCCGGAGACAUUUGAAACCCCACCUCUUUAAGGAAUACCUGGGAUAGGAUAAAGUAAUCCUUCUACCCCCCCCAAAAAAAAUAAAAAAAUAAAUAAUAAUAAAAAAUAAUAAUUUGUAAAGUGGUUAUCCCACUGGCUAUAGGGUGAAUGCACCAAUUUGUAAGUCGCUCUGGAUAAGAGCGUCUGCUAAAUGACGUAAAUGUAAAUGUACAGAUGAAGCAUGAGUCUUAAAGAAGGGCUGGUUAAGGCCAAAAUGUCAUAAAUUUAGCAAUUUUGAGUAAUUAUUUCACAAUUAUGCUUUUAGAUAUAAAUGUCAACAAUCCUUCCUCCAAAGGACUAUUCUAUGGAUUACAUUUUGUGAAAACCCCCCAAGUAAUGUACUUUUUUUUGUCUGGGUUUCAUGUGCAAUCAUUUAAUCGUCAUAUCUAUUCUUGAUUCAUCGCUACGAUUCUGCACAUUUUGUUUCCUAUCAGGUGAUUAUGGAGCUGCCAUUGAGGAACAUCGGCAGGAACUGCAAAUUUCCACAGCAAUGCAUGAUGUCAUUGGACGUGCAGUGGCCAAUCGUAAGAUUGGGGAGUGUUAUGCAGAGAUGGGGAACAUUGAGGCGGCUUUGAAGGUGAGUGAACAGCUCAAGCUUUUCUCUCUGAUCCUCUACCUGCUUUUGUUUCUAAUGGGCACAUUACUCGAGAUGCCAACUGUCUGCAGGACUGGAACUUCAGAUUGGGCUUGUGCUACACUUUUGAAAAAUGUUUUGGGGACUAACUAUGCAGCCUGAAAGGCACAACAAGAACAAUCAACAUUUUGAAUACAAUCAGAUUCUGUACUAACCACCUGUUUAUUACAAGAGUAUUCUUAACAAUUUACCUGUUGCAAAUCAUACAUAAGCAGAGUAGAUUAAUUAAGAGUGUGUCUUUUGUUCAGCACCAGAGAUGUCAUCUGGAUCUGGCUCGCUCCGUCAAUGAUCAUGCAGAGGAACAAAGGGCACUCGCCACCAUUGGAAGAACCUUCCUAUUCCGCUACGAGUCUGACCAAUCGAGGGACAGCUUGAAGCAGGCGGAAGAUGCCUUUAGGAAGAGCAUGGCUAUUGUGGACAACGAACUGGAAGGUAUGUGUACACGUUUUACUAUACUUGUGAGUACCACAAGAAUAGUAAACCAACAAAAGUUCUGAGAAGUGAGGACAUUUUGCCGGUCCUCACUUGUAAAAAUGCUAGGGUUAGGGAAAAUAUGAUGUUGAAUGGUAAUCAAUUGUUGGUCCCCAAAAAGUCCUCACAAGUAUAGUAAGACGUGUGUGUAUGUUUGUCUACGUAUGUUUGUCGGUCGGCUUUUAUAUAUGAAUCCAAGUGAGGCAAAUAAAUGUGUGAACAGAAAAGUCACUUUUUGGGCAAAUGUGGGGCCCAGAGUUUUUCCUGACCACUUGAUCUGAUCAGGAAAAAAACCUGGGUCUAUUCAUGAGGUAAGCAAUAGGAUUUUCCAUCUUUCACCUCCUCCUGUACAUUGCUUCAUCUCCUCUCCCCCUCAGGGACAGUGGCUGCUCGGGAGCUGAGUGAGAUGAGGGCUCGCCUGUACCUCAACCUUGGUCUGGUGUGUGACCACCUGGGGGAGCCCAAGCAAUGCAGUGAAUACAUCCGCCUCAGCGUCUACAUUGCAGAGUAAGAGCUCACGUCAACCUGGGCCCGUAUCCACGAUGGAUCAGUUUGGCCUUUCAUAUCAUAAUUUAUAAGAUUAUAUGGACAGGUGGUAUUCUGAUCCUAGAUCAGCACUCCUUCACUGAGACGUUUUGUGGAUACAGGCACUGGUAUGCCAAUGGGAACACUGUCAGCACACCAUAACACCAACGCUUGCUGUUCAAAGCCAUCGGCUAGACUACAGAUACACAUGCAAUGCAGUGCCACACAUUUAAUAGCAGGCAGAACAUGAAAUACAGCGCAAUACAAUGCCACUCUGUAAUAAUAUAGCUAGGUCUAUUACACUUUGAACUAGGACCUAGAGUAAGGUUCAAUCCAUGGCAACCUUGUACAGUAGAUAAUACCUUUCCUAAUAUCUUACCAUGAAGUGAGUUGGUGUCCCCCUCCCUUGUCUCUAUAGGAAGAACCAGCUCCUGGAGGAUCUGUACCGUGCCAACUUCAACCUGGGCAACAUCUACUUCCGCAACGGGCACCACUCCAAUGCCAUGCGCAGUCUGGAGCAGGCCAAGGAGUGUGCCCGCAAGAUCAAAGACAAGUUCAGCGAGAGCGAGUGCUUCCACUCCAUUGGCAAGGUGAGGAGUGGAAAUUCUCAUGGUGUUAGAUUUUUUAAAUGAACACACUAAUUCAGUCAGUUAUAAAGCAUUACAGUUUUAUGUUAUAUUAUGUGGUCCUCUGUAGCUCAAUUGGUAGAGCAUGGCGCUUGUAACGCCAGGGUAGUGCGUUCGAUCCCCGGGACUACCCUUACCUAAAAAUGUACUGUAAGUCGCUUUGGAUAAAAGCGUCUGCUAAAUGGCAUAUUUAUAACAAACUUCCCAUUAACAGUAUAAGCUAGUGUGUGUGUGCAUUUGUCUGUGCAUGUGACAGAGUUCGAACCUGGGUCUCCUCCUGCCCAUUAAAAGCCUGGGUAUUGACUCGCAAUGCAACUCUUCAGGUCUUAAGCAGGGUUUCUUGAGUGAUCAUGUGAGCGUGGUCACUCAAUCAGCUCUGUUACAUGUGUCUCUAUGUACAUUGUGUGUUUGUAGGUGCAGCUGUCUCUGGGGGACUUUGUGGCAGCCAGGCGUUCCCUGAAGAAGGCCUUCUCUCUGGGCUCCCAGCAGGCUGUGGACAGGGAGGCAGUGAAGAAGGCCUUCAAACAAGGUGAGAGAGAGAGGCUUGUUUGUUUGGUACUCUUAAAACCACAGAGAUGGAGAGAGAGGGGCUGGGCCACACAUGUCAACCAGGACUGGGCUUUCUGUCUGUCUGGGGGAAAUGUUCCUACUCUGGCAGCAACUUUGAUCUCUCUCUCUGUGUGUGUUUGCCGUAGCGAUUCGGGGCAGUCAGCUGGAGGAAGCAGCGGGAGAGCUGGGCGGCAAGGGGCGUUCCCAGCAGGCUGUGGGGCUGGCGGAGCAGCUGGGGGACCUCUACUGUAAGGUUGGAUGCUACAGCAAAGCCCUGGACGCCUACCGUACGCAGGUGAAAACAUCACACUCACGUAGCCCCACACCGUCACCACUUCCUGUGUCCCUUUUCACUUCCUCUCUUUCCUGUUUAUUAAAGUAGAUUAUUUCACCAAAUGAAGGGGCAGUUGCCUCCAUUUAACUAUUUAAAUCACUUAUCUGGAUAAGUACACGUCCAUCCAACCGUUCCCUAUCCCCCCCCCUCCCACGCUAUCUAUACCUGUCAGUCUUGUGUUUCAUGAGCUGUAUGUCCAAUCCAUGUAUUUAUUGUAUAAUCUUGACCUAUCUUGACCAAUGACAUGACACUUGUCUGUUGUGUAGCUGUCCAGUGCAGAGGCGUUGGGGAAGCCUGCUCGGGAGCUGGCUGUCAUUCACGUGUCCCUGGCUGCCACCUACACAGACCUCAGGCAGCAUGACAAGGCUGUGGAGCAUUACAGACAGGAGUUGGCCCUCAGACAGGGCAACCCCAAAGAGGUAUGACCUGCCUGGGUUUACCUGUGGCUGAACACUAUGGGGUUGGAUUUCUUAGUCUUGUCAUAUAGAAAGGUUUCCUUUGGUGCAUACUGUCUUAUCAGCAUUGGCUGUGCUUCUUUUAAUCCAUGCUCACAUCAUUUUUUUGUGUGUGUGUGUCAGGAGUGUAACACGUGGCUGAACAUCGCAGCAGCCCAGGAGGAGAGUGGGAGGACCAUGGAGGAUGUGGACUGUAGCUACGACUCUGCCCUGCGCUGUGCAGAGAGGGCUGGCCAACUCAAACUACAGGUACUGUAGGUUGUAGUGGUCCACUCUGACUGGGCUCACCAUAGAAAUAUGCUAAGUGUUUUUUUUCAGUGAAAUGAAAAGCGCUAGGCCUGUAUAGAUAAAAUAUUUUGUUCUACAGACAGCAGAAACCGCAUGUUAUUUACACUAGCUUUUUUUAUUUUCCAUUUUCAUUUAUUUAUUCUCUCUCUCUCUUUCUUUCUUGGUCUCUCUCUCUCCUUCCUUCUUUCGCUCUCUUCAUCAGAGGCGAGUGCUGAAGACGUGGCUGGGUGCCCAGAGCCGCAGGGGCUCGUCGCAGACUGAUGACACGCAGGCCAGGCUAGAGGAGCUGUGUGCCACCGAGGGCUGGAGUCCUGAGGGGGAGAGCGAGGGGGAGGAGGACGAGGAGAUGGAGAACAGUGAACCCAUGGAGGAUAGCGAUAUCCAGCUCUCAGACUCUGGUGAGUGAGACUACGGUCUCCACAGCUAUGUUUGUCCACUGCGGGAAUCUGUACCUUAGUUAUAUGAUAGAAUAAGCACCUUUUACCUCAGUUUGAGCUAUCAGGUUAUUUAGUUUAGCAUACAGGAUGUUGCUGAAUAAAGUAAGGAAAAUUGGCACUGCUUUGGCAGAUAAUUUUAGUCCGGCUAAUUUUCAGUGUCUUUCUCUCUCUGUAGACGAUGAUGUAGAGGAAUAUGACAAGAUGGUCAGUAGCGGCAGGAGAAAGCCGGGUCGGGUAAGUGCCACAUUUGUCAAUGAUGUCUUUGCUUUUGAUUUGUCUGGGAUUCUUCUUCUAUUCUUUGACUUGUGUAAGCAGUCUGCAUUGAAGUUACUGAAAGAAGCAGAGACUCAUGUCUGUCUGACUCUGUCUGUCUGUAUUCAGUGGAACAAGAGGAAUGAGAAGGGGGAGACGUCUCUCCACAGAGCCUGUAUAGACGGGAACCUGAAGCAGGUCCAGUACCUGGUGGAGCAGGUGAGUGGAACUGGGUUUAUACGCCUACUACUUCUCUGUGACUAUGGUACUGUCUAUAGUAGUAUUCGGCCAGUACUGUCUAUAGUAGUAUUCAGCCAGUACUGUCUAUAGUAGUAUUCAGCCAGUACUGUCUAUGGUAGUAUUCAGCCAGUACUGUCUAUAGUAGUAUUCAGCCAGUACUGUCUAUAGUAGUAUUCAGCCAGUACUGUCUAUGGUAGUAUUCGGCCAGUACUGUCUAUAGUAGUAUUCGGCCAGUACUGUCUAUGGUAGUAUUCGGCCAGUACUGUCUAUGGUAGUAUUCGGCCAGUACUGUCUAUGGUAGUAUUCGGCCAGUACUGUCUAUAGUAGUAUUCGGCCAGUACUGUCUAUGGUAGUAUUCGGCCAGUACUGUCUAUGGUAGUAUUCGGCCCAGUACUGUCUAUGGUAGUAUUCGGGCCAGUACUGUCUAUGGUAGUAUUCGGCCAGACUGUUUCCUAUGGUAGUAUUCGGCCAGUACUGUCUAUGGUAGUAUUCGGCCAGUACUGUCUAUGGUAGUAUUCGGCCAGUACUGUCUAUGGUAGUAUUCGGCCAGUACUGUCUAUGGUAGUAUUCGGCCAGUACUGUCUAUGGUAGUAUUCGGCCAGUACUGUCUAUGGUAGUAUUCGGCCAGUACUGUCUAUGGUAGUAUUCGGCCAGUACUGUCUAUGGUAGUAUUCGGCAGUACUGUCUAUGGUAGUAUUCGGCCAGUACUGUCUAUGGUAGUAUUCGGCCAGUACUGUCUAUGGUAGUAUUCGGCCAGUACUGUCUAUGGUAGUAUUCGGCCAGUACUGUCUAUGGUAGUAUUCGGCCAGUACUGUCUAUGGUAGUAUUCGGCCAGUAUUGUCUAUGGUAGUAUUCAGCCAGUGUGCCUGUCUCUCAGGGUCAUCCUGUCAACCCCAGGGACUACUGUGGCUGGACUCCUCUCCAUGAGGCCAGCAACCACGGACACACAGGUAACAGAAAAAUACACUUGCCCUCAGUGGAGUUGGAGCCAGAUCAGACUUAAUCAGCAUUUUAACCCAAAUCUGCUUCUCUCUCUCUCUGUUCUUUCUCUUCCUCUCUGUUCUCUCUUUCCCUCUCUGUUCUCUCUCUCUCUCUCUCUCUCUCUCUCAGACGUGGUGGCUCUGUUGCUUGAGAGGGGGGCUAACAUUAACGAUGGGGGGGGGUCUCUGUGUGAGGGGGUCACCCCGCUGCACGACGCCCUCAACUGUGGACACUUCCAAGCGGCCAGAUUACUGGUGGAGAGGGGGGCCUCGGUCAAUGUCCGCAACGCCAAGGUGAGGACAAUAUGGUGUUGUGUGUGUGUGUUUUGGAGGACGGUGCAUGUGUGUGUGUGUGUUUGUUUGUUUGGUGUGUGUAUCUGUUUGUGUGUGCACCUGUGAGUGUUUGUGCAAGUAGCUCAUGUAUGUGCGUGUCCCCCUCAGGGUGAGACACCCCUGGACAGCCUGCGUCUGUGGCAGAGGAUGUACAGAAGAGAGCUGGACCGGGAGGCCAGACAGGAGCUGUCCAGCACAGAGGACCUGCUGAGGAGCGCCCUAGCAGGGUUAGGUGAGGCCUACAUACUUCCCCUGGUGGGUGUAGGCCUACACAAUACAAGAAGGCUAGAACUGUGUAGAGUGGUUUAUAAUGAAACUGGGUGGUUAUGAGGCCUUUAUAUCAGGGUUGGGGUCAAUUCCAUUUAAAUUCCAGUCAAUUCAGAAAGUAAACCAAAUUCAAAAUGUUCCUCAUUUUAAAGCGUUAAAGAUAAUUUAAUUUCAGUGUACUUCCUGAAUUGACUAGAAAUUAAAAUGAAAUGGACCCCAAUCCUGUUGUAUAUUCAAUGUGUCACAUUUAGUUUUAGUGUUGUAUGUACUCAGUACAUGUGGAUUCAUCAUCUCACACGCGCACUGUUUGUGAGGCCUAAAAUCAGCUUAAUACAUGUCCAGAAAAUACUGCAUCUCCCACAAUAUACAUUCCUGUUGCUGUAAGGACGUUCACUAUUCUACUGUGCAGUUAACGUUUCUACACUCUCUGUACCAAAGUCCCCACUGCUCCCGCGCACCCCAAGCCAUUUGACGCUCUGCAGGACAGUCAGCUGUUUGAUGCAGAGAACUCAGAGCCUCUGAUCCCCACCGGAGGGCGCCAUUCGGCCACCAACAGCCUGCCCAGAACCAGGAGCCCCCAGGAGAGCGCUGUACCACCUAGCCCCACACGGAGGCACUCUAACGGCACAGCGGGGCCCCCACAACGACACAGAGGGACAGAGGCCUCCAUCCUCUUUGGGGUACUAGUUGAAUUACAACAUAGGAAAUUAGAUGUCUGUUAUAGGUUUCAAACUAAUUCUCAAUGACCCAGCACUUUUCGACUGUCAUAGAAUCUCAGUCAAGAACAGCAAUCCUAAAGUUAGUUGUUGUGAUGCAGAUUUACACUGUUCCUAUUGACAAAUAAUCUGUCUUCCUCAGGAUGACAGCAGCUCCUCCGACCACAGUGACUUGGAUGGCGUGGUCAGCCCUCUGCGCCCUGUCCGAACACGCCAACGUUUCCCAGCAGCCCCCGCUCCACAGGAAGUUCCCCCCAGCCAGGAAACAAGCUCUUCUGUUCCUGAAGCGAGAGAGUCUGCGGUGCCCUCUGUCUUCGGCAGGGAGGAGUACCACAGUGCCAUUCGCGGCCUAGGCAGUGCCAAGACCCGCCUUCUCUCCCAGAACCUAUCGCAGCCGCAGUUCAGCAGCACACCGGCGGUGUCGUCCAAUAGCAGGCCAGCGCUUGUUCCUGAGGAGGAAUAUCUGAUAGACGAUUGGCUGGAGGAUGACAUGGGCAAUGUUCAGCCAAAGAAGAAGAGGAGAGUGGGGGAGGAGCAGAAUGGAAGGCGGGACUUGAAUAUGAUGUCGUCAGGGGCCAGGAUUCAGAACCGUCACGCAACCACGACUGAAAUGGCUAGCAGAGGUGUGUAGCUGCUGCACUGAUGACACACAGCCCCAUCUCUAUACUUCAAUGUAGAACCCAUAAGGAAGCUAACAGAGGAGCACAAGCAUUUCCACCCUUUAAUUUCAUCUCUCUUUCGCUCUGCUCAUACAUCUCUCUCUCUCUCCUCUCUCUCUCUCUCUCUCUCUCUCUCUCUCUCCUCUCUAUCUCUUCUCUCUCUCUCUCUCUCUCUCUUCUCUCUCUUCACGUUUCUCGUCUUCUCCUCUCUCCUUCUCUCUCUCCUCUCUCUCUCUCUCUCUCUCCAUCCGCCUCUUUCGAUCUCUCCUGCUCUCUCCCUCAUCUCUCCUCUUCUUUGUCUUCUCCUCUUUAAUGACUUAAGAUUCAACUAGCCGGUGCCCCCGCACAUUGACUCUGCACCGGUACCCCCCUGUGUAUAUAUAGCCUCCCUACUGUUAUUUUAUUUUACUUCUGCUCUUUUUUUCUCAACACUUUUUUUGUUGUUGUUUUAUUUUUACUUUCUUUGUUAAAAAUAAAUGCACUGUUGGUUAAGGGCUGUAAGUAAGCAUUUCACUGUAAUGUCUGCACCUGUUGUAUUCGGCGCAUGUGACCAAUUAAAUUUGAUUUGAUUUGAAGAUUCUAUUUUGCUUGCCAAGAUCCUUAGGUGUCUUGAAUGGCACUUGAAAAUCAGUCAAUAUGGUUAAAUGUUACUAUCUAUGAACUAUAAGGGGCAGUAUUAGCCAGUGGAAUCACAACCUGUGUAUUUUUUGUGUGCUUGUCCUGCAGUGUCGACCUCCUCCAGUAGAGGUCUCUCUCUGAGGAAGACCUCUUUCUCCUGCAAGCCGCGGCAGGUGAAGAUGACUCAGCUCUCAGGCAUGGUCAUGCUGGGCCGCCGAGAGGUCAGCAAGCAACAGAGCCCCACUGUAACUGACGACGACGACCCUCCAGCUUCCACGCCGCCUCAGACACACUACAGCACUCAGCAGGUCAGAGGGAUCAAGUGAGAUCCAACCUGGGUUCAAAUACUAUUUCAAAUCUUUCAAAAACCUUGAGCGUUUGCUUUAGUCUGCCUGGAGUGCCAGGUGGGCAUGUUUGCACUUUUGGACCUUUUCUAUUGGUUCCAUUGUAACAAGCAAGCUCCAUCAAGCACAGCUAAUGUAUUUGAAAUGAUUUCACAUAGUAUUUGAACCCAGAUCUGUGCGAGAGACAGAGUCAAGUCACAUCACUACUGUAGCAGGACAUAUUAAGCUAUUACCGGAACAUCAUACAUCAAGAUUCUGUUUUGGAUUGUCAGGGAUGGCAGUAUGGAGAUGAAGGUCCAAAAGAGGUGAACAAACUAGAGUGAUGACACCCAAUUGGAAUUUUCCAUCAAUGUCAAUCUGAGCCCUAUUGUAUUUUGCAUCAUUCGCUAGUCUGUGUAUGUGAACGACUGGGUAGUUCAUGGUUUGUAACGUAGAAAUAGAUUUUACUAGACUGGUUCACCCAUCACAGAUCAUUGACUUGAAUGGGGAUUUUGUUCUAGUAGUUCUAUUUUUAUGGUUUCUAAAUUUCAUUUCUCUGCCUCUCAACCUCAGGUCCCACACCAGACAGUGACUGCGCCAAUGCCUGCACCAAUCAGAAUGCGGGUCAGGGUUCAAGAUAACGUGUUUCUGAUCCCAGUACCACAUAGGUUGGUGUAUUUGUGUCUUCCUGCAUGUAAAGUGAGAUGCUAGCCAUUUACAUAAUUUAGUAGACGCUCUUAUCCAGAGCAACUUACAGUAGCAAUUAGGCUUAAGUGCCUUGCUCAAGGGCACAGACAGAUUUUUCACCUAAUCGGCUCAGUGAUUCGAACCAGCGACCUUUCGUUACUGACCCAACACUCUUCACCGCUAGGCUACCUGCCGCACUUGGGGGGCCCUUUUGGCCUUUCUUGAGAUUCAGCUUCUAUACUAAGGGUGUGUGUGUGUGUGUGUGUGUGUGUAACACUGUGUGUGUGUGUGUGUGUGUAACACUGUGUGUGUGUGUGUGUGUGGUGUAACACUGUGUGUGUGUGUGUGUAACACUGUGUGUGUGUGGUGUGUGUGUGUGUGUGUGUGGUAACUGUGUGUGUGUGUGUAACACUGUGUGUGUGUGUAACACUGUGUGUGUGUGUACGUAACACUGUGUGUGUGUGUGUGUGUGUACGUAACACUGUGUGUGUUGUGAACUGUGUGUAUUGUAACACUGUGUGUGUGUGUGGUGCGUAACACUGUGUGUGUGUGUGGUGCGUAACACUGGUGUGUGUGGGCGUAACACUGUGUGUGGUGUGUACGUAACCACUGUGUGUGUGUGUGUACGUAACACUGUGUGUGUGUGUGUACGUAACACUGUGUGUGUGUGUGUGUACGUAACACUGUGUGUGUGUGUGUGUGUGUACGUAACACUGUGUGUGUGUGUGUGUGUGUACGUAACACUGUGUGUGUGUGUGUGUAACACUGUGUGUGUGUGUGUGUGUACGUAACACUGUGGUCCUCUGUAGCUCAGCUGGUAGAGCACGGCGCUUGUAACGCCAGGGUAGUGGGUUCGAUCCCCGGGACCACCCAUACACAAAAAUUUAUGCACGCAUGACUGUAAGUCGCUUUGGAUAAAAGCAUCUGCUAAAUGGUAUAUUAUUAUUAUUAUAUUAUUAUUAUUACUACUGUGUGUGUGUUGUGUACAUAACACUGUGUGUGUGUGUGUGUGUUGUGUAGCGCUGUGUGUGUGGAACACUGUGUAGCGCUGUGUGUGUGGAACACUGUGUGUGUGUGUGCGCGUGGAACACUGUGUGUGUGUGUGUGCGCGUGGAACACUGUGUAACACUGUGUGCGCGUGGAACACUGUGUAACACUGUGUGCGCGUGGAACACUGUGUGACACUGUGUGCGCGUGGAACACUGUGUGACACUGUGUGCGCGUGGAACACUGUGUGACACUGUGUGCGCGUGGAACACUGUGUGACACUGUGUGCGCGUGGAACACUGUGUGACACUGUGUGCGCGUGGAACACUGUGUGACACUGUGUGCGCGUGGAACACUGUGUGACACUGUGUGCGCGUGGAACACUGUGUGACACUGUGCGCGUGGAACACUGUGUGACACUGUGCGCGUGGAACACUGUGACACUGUGUGCGUGUGGAACACUGUGACACUGUGUGCGCGUGGAACACUGUGUGCGCGUGGAACACUGUGACACUGUGCGCGCGUGGAACACUGUGACACUGUGCGCGCGUGGAACACUGUGACACUGUGCGCGCGUGGAACACUGUGACACUGUGCGCGCGUGGGACACUGUGGACCUGUGCGCGCGUGGGACACUGUGCGCGCGUGGGACACUGUGGGACACUGUGCGCGCGUGGGACACUGUGCGCGCGUGGAACACUGUGGGACACUGUGUGUGCGCGUGGAACACUGUGGGACACUGUGGGCGUGCGUGGAACACUGUGGGACACUGUGAGCGCGCGUGGAACACUGUGGGACACUGUGUGCGCGCGGGGAACACUGUGGGACACUGUGUGCGCGCGGGGAACACUGUGGGACACUGUGUGCGCGCGUGUGGAACACUGUGUGCGUGCGUGGAACACUGUGGGACACUGUGUGCACGUGUGGAACACUGUGGGACACUGUGCGUGUGCGCGCGUGGAACACUGUGGGACACUGUGCGUGUGCGCGCGUGGAACACUGUGGGACACUGUGUGUGUGUGUGCGCGUGGAACACUGUGGGACACUGUGUGUGUGUGCGCGUGGAACACUGUGGGACACUGUGUGCGUGUGGAACACUGUGGGACACUGUGUAACACUGCGCGUGUAACACUGUGGGACACUGUAACACUGUGCGCGUGUAACACUGUAACACUGUGUGCGUGUGCGCGUGUAACACUGUAACACUGUGUGCGUGUGCAACACUGUGUGCGCGUGUAACACUGUAACACUGUGUGCGUGUGCACGUGUAACACUGUGCGUGUGCGCGUGGAACACUGUGUAACACUGUGUGCGUGUGUAACACUGUGUAACACUGUGUGCGUGUGUAACACUGUGUAACACUGUGUGCGUGUGUAACACUGUGUAACACUGUGUGCGUGUGUAACACUGUGUAACACUGUGUGCGUGUGUAACACUGUGUAACACUGUGUGCGUGUGUAACACUGUGUAACACUGUGUGCGUGUGCGCGUGUAACACUGUGUGUGUGUGGAACGCUGUAACACUGUGUGUGGAACACUGUGUGUGUGUGUGUGUGUGUGUGUGUGGAACACUAUGUGUGUGUGUAACACUGUGUGUGUGUGUAACACUGUGUGUGUGUGUAACACUGUGUGUGUGUGUAACACUGUGUGUGUGUGUAACACUGUGUGUGUGUGUGUAACACUGUGUGUGUGUGUGUGUGUAACACUGUGUGUGUGUGUGUGUGUGUGAGUGUAACACUGUGUGUGUGUGUGUGUGUGUGUGUGUAACACCGUGUGUGUGUGUAACACUGUGUGUGGUGUGUGUGUAACACUGUGUGUUGUGUGUGCGUAAACUGUGGUGUGUGUGGUGUAACACUGUGUGUGUGUGUGUGUGUGUGUGUAACACUGUGUGUGUGUAACACUGUGUGUGUGUGUGUGUGUGUAACACUGUGGUGUGUGUGUGUGUGUGUAACACUGUGUGUGUGUGUGACACUGUGUGUGUGUGUGUACGUAACACUGUGUGUGUGUACGUAACACUGUGUGUGUGUACGUAACACUGUGUGUGUGUACGUAACACUGUGUGUGUGUACGUAACACUGGUUGUGUGUGUACGUAACACUGUGUGUGUGUACGUACACUGUGUGUGUGUGUACGUAACACUGUGUGUGUGUGUGUGUGUGUCUGUUGUGUGUGUGUACACUGUGUAACUGUGUGUGUGUGUGUGUGUAACACUGUUGGUGUAACACUGUGUGGUGUGCGGUGUAACACUGUGUGUGUGGAACGCUGUGUGUGUGUGUGUGUGGAACGCUGUGUAAACACGUGUGUGUGUGUGUGUGUGUGUAACACUGUGUGUGUGUAACACUGUGUGUGUGUGUGUAACACUGUGUGUGUGUGUGGUGUAACACUGUGUGUGUGUGUGUGGUGGUGUGUGUGUGUAACACUGUGUGUGUUGUGUUGUGUGUAACACUGUGUGUGUGUAACAGUGUGUGUGUGUGUGUGUGUGUGUGUAACACUGUGUGUGUGUGUGCGUAACACUUGUGUGUGUGUUGUCGUAACACUGUGUGUGUGUGUUGUGUGUGUGUGUAACACUGUGUGUUGUGUAACAUGUGUGUGUGUGUGUGUAACACUGUGUGUGUUUAACACUGUGUGUGUGUGUGUGUGUGUGUAACACUGGUGGUGUGUGUACGUGUGUGUGUAACACUGUGUGUGUGUGUAACACUGUGUAACACUGUGUGCGCGUGUAACACUGUAACACUGUGUGCGGUGUAACACUGUAACCUGGUGUCGGUGUAACACUGUGUGUGUGUAACACUGUGUGCGUGUAACACUGUGUGGGUGUAACACUGUGUGUGUGUGGACGCUGGUGUGUGUGUGGAAGUCUGUAAACUGGUGUGUGUGUAACACUGUGUGUGUGUUGUGUGUGUGUCUAACACUGUGUGUGUUGUGUGUGUGUAACACUGUGUGUUUUGUAACACUGUGUUGUGUGUGUAACACUGUCUGUGUGUGUGUGUAACACUGUGUUUGUGUGUGCGCGUGUAACACUGUGUAACACUGUGUGCGUGUAACACUGUAACACUGUGUGCGCGUGUAACACUGUGUGUGUGUAACACUGUGUGCGUGUAACACUGUGUGCGCGUGUAACACUGUGUGUGUGUGUGGAACGCUGUGUGUGUGUGUGGAAGUCUGUAACACUGUGUGUGUAACACUGUGUGUGUGUGUGUGUCUAACACUGUGUGUGUGUGGUAACUGUGUGUGUGUGUGUGUAACACUGUGUGUGUUGUGUAACACUGUUGUGUGUGUGUGUAACACUGUGUGUGUUGUGUGUGUAACACUGUGUGUGUGUGUGUGUAACACGUGUGUGUGUGUGGUAACACUGUGUGUGUGUGUGUGUUGUAACACUGUGUGUGUGUGUGUAACACUGUGUGUGUGUGUAACACUGUCUGUGUGUGUGUGUAACAUUGUGUAACACUGUGUGUGUGUAACACUGUGUUUGUGUGUGCGCGUAACACUGUGUACACUGUGUGGUGUAACCUGUAACACUGUGUGGCGUGUUUUAACACUGUGUGUGUAACACUGUGUGGUUGUAACACGUGUGGUGCUGUGUGUAACACUGUGUGUGUGUGUGGAACGCUGUGGGGUGUGUGUGGAGUGUAACACUGUGUGUGUAACACUGUGUGUGUGUGUGUCGUAACACUGUGUGUGUAACACUGGUGGUGUGUGUGUGUAACACUGUGUGUGUGUGUAACACUGUCUGGUGUGUGUGUGUAACACUGUGUGUGUGUGUGUGUAACACUGUGUGUGUGUGUGUGUUGUGUGUGUGUAACACUGUGUGUGUGUGUGUGUGUGUAACACUGUGUGUGUGUGUGUAACACUGUGUAACUGUGUGUGUGUGUAACAUUGUGUAACACUGUGUGUGUGUAACACUGUGUUUGUGUGUGCGCGUGUAACACUGUGUACUGUGUGGUUUUAAACACUGUGUGCGGUGUGUAACACUGUGUGUGUGUGAAUGUGUAACCUGUGUGUGUGUAACACUGUGUGUGUGUGUGUGUGUGUGUAACACUGUGUGUGGUGUGUAACAAUGUGUGUGUGUGUGUGUGUGUUGGGUGUAACACUGUGUGUGUGUUGUAACACGUGUGUGUGUGUUGUAACAUGUGUGUGUGUGGUAACACUUGUGUGGGUGUGUGUGUAACACUGUGUGUGUUGUGUCGGGGGUAACACGUGUGUGUGUGUGUGUGUGUUAAACUGUGGGUGUGACACUGUGUGUGUGUGUGUGUAACACUGUGUGUGUGUGUGUAACACUGUGUGUGGUGUGUGUGUAACCUGUGUGUGUAACCGUGUGUUGUAACACUGUGUGUUGUGUGUGUGACCUGUUGUAACACGGGUGUGUGGUGUGUGUAACACUGGUGUGUGUGUGUGUAACACUGUGGUGUGUGUGUGUGUGUGUGUAACACUGUGUGUGUAACUGUGUGUGUGUGUAACACUGUGUGUGUGUGUGUGUGUAACACUGUGUGUGUUGUGUGUGUGUGGUAACACUGUGUGUGUGUGUAACACUGUGUGUGUGUGUGUGUGUAACACUGUGUGUGUGGUGGUAACACUGUGUGUGUGUGUGUGUGUGUGUGUGUGUGUACACUGUGUGUGUGUGUGUGUUGUGUAACACUGUGUGUGUGUGUGUAACACUGUGUGGUGUGUGUGUGUGUAACACUGUGUGUGCGGUAACACUGUGUGUGGCGUGUGUGUCGUGUGUGUAACACUGUGUGGUGUGUGUCGUGUGUGUAACACUGGUGUGUGUUGUGUGUGUGUGUAACACUGUGUGUGGGUGAACACUGUGUGUGUGUGUACACUGGUGUGUGUGUGUGUGUGUAACACUGUGUGUGUGUGUAACACUGUGUGGUGUGUGUGGUGUAACACGCUGUGUGGUGGUGUAACACUGUGUGUGUGUAACACUGUGGUGGUGUGUGUGUGUGUGUGUAACACUGUGUGUGGUGUGUGUGUGUGUAACACUGUGGUGUGUGUGUGUGUAACACUGUGUGUGUGUGUGUGUGUGUGGGUGUGUAACACGUGUGUGUGUGUGGUAACACUGUGUGUGGUGUGUGUAACACUGUGUGUGUGGUGUGUGUGUAACACUGUGUGUUGUGUGAACCUGUGUGGUGUGUAACACUGUGUGUGUGUGUGUACCUGUGUGUGCGGUGUAACACUGUGUGUGUGUGUUUUAACACUGUGUGUGGUGUAAUUGUGGUCCGUGUAACACUGUGUGUGUGUGUGUGUGGCUGUGUGACACUUGUGUGUGUGUGUGUAACACUGUGUGUGUGUGUGUGUAUGGUGUGUGUAACACUGGUGUGUGUGUAACAGUGUGUGUGUGUAACACUGUGUGUGUGUGUGUGUGUAACACUGUGUGUGUGGCUGUGUGUAACAUGCUGUGUGUGUGGUGGUGUGUAACACUGUGUGGUGUGUAACACUGUGUGGUAACAUGUGUAGUGUGUGUGUAACACUGUUGGUGGUGUGCGUGUAACACUGUGUGUGUUGUGUAACCUGUUGUGUCGGUGUGUACACGUGUGUGUGUGUAACACUGUGUGUGGUGUGUGUGGUUUGUAACUGUGUGUGUGUGUGUAACAUGUGUGUGUGUGUGUGUGUGAACACUGUGUGUGGUUGUAACACGUGUGUGUGGUUGUGUAACGUGGGUGACUGUGUAACUGUUGUGUGUGUACACUGUGUGGUGGUGUAACAUGUGUCCGUGUAACACUGUCUGUGUGUGUAGUGUAACCUGUAACCUGUGUGUGUGUGUGUGUGUAACACUUGUGGUGUGUAACACUGUGUGUGUACACUGUGUGGUGUGUGGUGUGUGUGUGUGUGUGUGUGUGUGUGUGUAACCUGUGUGUGUGUGUUGUGAAAGUUGGUGUGGUAUGUGUGUGUGUGUGAACAUGAACAUGUGCACUUUGUAACACGUGUUGUUGUGUUGGUUGUAACACUGGUGUAUUGGUGUAGCACUUGGUGUGUGUAACAUGUGUGUGACAUGUGUGUGUGUGUUAACACUGUGUGUGUGUUGGUAACACUGUGUGUUGUGUAACACUGUGUGUUGUGAACACUGUGUGUGGUCGUGUUGUGAACAUGUGUGUGGUGUGUUGUGAAACUUGUGUUGGUGUAUAACACUGAUGUUGUGCGUGUGGUAACUGUUGUGCUGUGUAAGACGUUGUUGUUGUAACAACUGGGUGUACCACUGUGUCAGUGUUAACCUGGUUGUGUCCUGUGUGUUUACAUGUGUGUGUAGCACUGUGGUUGGUUGUAAAGCUGUGGUGAACCUGUGUGUGAUAGUGUUACACUGCUUUGUGUGUGGGUAGGAUUGUGCACCGUGUCGUGGCUGUGUGAGCAGGCUGCCCAGCGCUACUACCAGGCCUGUGGCCUCCUGCCACGCCUUUCGCUGCAGAAAGAUGGCGCUCUGCUCUCCCCCCAAGACCUGCUACUGGCUGUUCUCCACACCAAUGAAGAGGUGAGGCCAAACCCAUACGCUCAGUGCGGUCAAAAACUAGGUUUUCCUGUGUUUUAUAUGUAUUUCCACACUGAGGUUGGAAUAAUUGUGAAAAUGAUGAUAAUGCACUUUUAGUGUAAGAGCUAUUUGAAAAGAAUGCCUGCAAUUUCUGCCUGUUUUGGUGGGAUGGAGUUUUGGCAUGCCUAGUGACAUCACCAGGCGAUAAAUUGGUUAACAGACCAAUAAGAAAGAGUUCCAAACCUCUCUGACAAUAUCAGCUAUUUUUCCCUUACCCACUUCCAUUUAGUCCUAGCAACAUUUUUGCUUGAGAAAUUGCUUUUUGCUAAGAAGCUAUUUUUGUUUGUUUUCAAUUAAAAUGGUCAAAAAGAAUCACGGUAAGGUACUUAAUUGUUACAGAGAAAUGAUUUGAUAUUGAGAUAAAAACUUCUGCAUUGGACCUUUAACCACUGACACAGGAUCAGAUCUUAUUUCAUCCCUCAGUCUGAUGGUUAACCUUAAGAGUGAGGACAGGGUAAUCUGAGCCUAGAUCAGUCGGUAGGUGCAACUUCUACCUUGAUAUUGGCAUAGGUCGGAGUGUGAGGGCAAGAUCUGCUACUUGUGUUGAUCAUCUUGAACAGUGCUGCCUCAGUUUUGAAUGGUGAUGUGAUGGAUUGUAAUAUUAGAAACACAAAUGUGUAAUCUUUACAGUUGUUUAUGUAGUGAACAUAACUAGAGAAGGAAAAAGCUGAUGAUGAUGAUGUCAACUGCAGGUCCUGGCUGAGGUGUGUUCGUGGGACCUUCCCCCUCUUCCUGAGCGCUACAAGAAGGCCUGUCAAAGCCUGGCAGUGGGUGAGUAUGUGAACAGCUGAUACCACCCUGGUUCAUUUCUUGCCGCGGAGAUGUGUGAAUAAGGGGAAGGAAAGGGGAAACCUAGUCCGUUGCACAACUGAAUGCAUUCAACCUAAAUGUGUCUCUGAAUCAGAGAGGUGCGAGCGGCUGCCUUAAUCGACAUCCAGUUCAUUGGCGAAUAACACAUAGAAUUAAGAGUUUUGAGCGUGUAUCCGUAAAUUACUGGUAUUUGAAUUCCUGAAGUGCAUUGUUAAUCCAUGCCGUGUGUGUGUGUGUGUGUGUUGUCUCUCUAGAGGAGAACAAGCGUGUGGCUCGUCUGUGUGAGGUGCAGGACGGCAGUCCCUCAGUGUCAGUGUGUGGCCUCAGCCUACCCCCCUCCUCCCUCUCCCCUCUCCUCCGCGCCCUCAAACUGCAGGCCAGCCUCACCCAGCUACAGCUGUCUGGCAACCGUCUCCACGACGACCUCUUCCCUGAGUUGGUCGCCGCUGCUCUCACCAUGCCCCGGCUCCGCCUUCUGGAUGUGUCCUCCAAUCACAUCACGGGGGAGGGGCUUAAGAAGGCAGCGAACGCCUUGGAAGGGCAGACUCAACCUGCUUUCCCGGUAACUACACUGAACAAAAAUAUAAACGCAACAUGCAACAAUUUAAAAGAUUUUACUGAGUUAAAGUUCAUAUAAGGAAAUCAGUCAAUUGAAAUAAAUUAAUUAGGCCCUAAUCUAUGGAUUUCACAUGACUGGGAAUACAGAUAUGCAUCUGUUGGUCACAGAUACCUUUAAAAUCCAGAGUAUCCCAAUCAUGCUCAAUGGUUGACAUGUCUGAGUAUGCAGGCCAUAAACUGGGACAUUUUCAGCUUUCAGGAAUUGUGUACAGAACCUUGCGACAUUGGGCCGUGCGUUAUCAUGCUGAAACAUGAGGUGAUGGCGGCGGAUGAAUGGCACGACAAUGGGCCUCAGGAUCUCGUCACGGUACGUCUGUGCAUUGAAAUUGCCAUCGAUAAGGCAAUUGUGUUCAUUGUCCGUAGCUUAUGCCUGCCCAUACCAUAACCCCACCGCCAUCGCCACCAUGGGACACUGUUCACAACGUUGACAUCAGCAAACUGCUCACCCACACAACGUCAUGAUAUCUGCCAUCUGCCCGGUAAAGUUGAAAUCAGGAUUAAUCCGUGAAGAGCACACUUCUCCAGCGUGCCAGUGGCCAUCGAAGAAGAGCAUUUGCCCACUGAAGUCGGUUAUGACGCCGAACUGCAGUCACGUCCUGAUGAGCUUCCCUGAGACGGUUUCUGACAGUUUGUGCAGAAAUUCUUCGGUUGUGCAAACCUACAGUUUCAUCAGCUGUCCGGGUGGCUGACCUCAGACAAUCCCGGUGGUGAAGAAGCCGGAUGUGGAGGUCCUGGCCUGGCGUGGCCACACGUGCUCUGCGGUUGUGAGGCCGGAUGAACGUACUGCCAAAUUCUCUAAAACGACAUUCGAGGCAGCUUAUGGUAGAGAAAUCAACAUUCAAUUCUCUGGCAAUAGCUCUGGUGGAAAUUCCUGCAGUCAGCAUGCAAAUUGCACGUUCCCUCAACUUGAGACAUCUGUGGCAUUGUGUUGUGACAACUGCACAUUUUAGUAGCCUUUCCUUUUCCCCAGCACAAGGUGCAUCUGUCAAAUCAAAAUCAAAUCAAAUUUUAUUGGUCACAUACACGUGUUUAGCAGAUGUUAUUGUGGCUGUAGCGAAAUGCUUGUGUUUCUAGCUCCGCAGUAUAUCUAACAAGUAACAUCUAACAAUUUCACAACAUAUAUACCCAAUACACACAAAUCUAAGUAAAGCAACGGAAUGAAGAAUAUAUAAAUAAAUAAAUGGACGAGCAAUGUCAGAGCAGCAUAGACUGAUACAGUAGAAUAGUAUAGAAUACAGUAUAUACAUAUUAGAUGAGUAAUGCAAGAUAUGUAAACAUUAUUAAAAGUGACUAGUGUUCUAUUUAUUAAAGUGGCCAGUGAUUUCUAAUCUAUGUAUAUAGGCAGCAGCCUCUAAUGUGCUAGUGAUGGCUAUUUAACAGUCUGAUGGCCUUGAGAUAGAAGCUGUUUUUCAGUCUCUCGGUCCCAGCUUUGAUGCACCAGUACUGACCUCGCCUUCUGGAUGAUAGCGGGGUGAACAGGGAGUGGCUCGGGUGGUUGAUGUCCUUGAUGAUUUUUUUGGCCUUCCUGUGACAUCGGGUGCUGUAGGUUGUGUGUAAUGAUCAUGCUGUUUAAUCUGCUUCUUGAUAUGCCACACCUGUCAGGUGGAUGGAUUAUCUUGGCAAAUGAGAAAUGCUCACUAACAGGGACGUAAACACAUUUGUGCACUACAUUUGAGAGAAAAGCUUUUUGUGCAUAUGGAAAAUGUCUGGGAUCUUUUAUUUCAGCUCAUGAAACAUGGGACCAACACUUCACAUGUUGUGUUUAUAUUUUUGUUCAGUAUAAGUAGGACUAAUUUGUAUUUACUUAGUUUGUAUUUACUUAGUGUAAUUUGUACGAAUAGUUUAUCUUAUUUUCUAGUGAAAUACUCUCAGCUGGAAAGCAGGUGAAGCUAUGAAUGUCAGAAGGCCUUUUUGUUAUCCUUGAAUGUUUUUGCAUCCCUGAAUGUUGUUUCAGAAGCAUAUGCACCCCACCAAGACAAAUUCUAUGGGACUGACUUAUGAUACUCACCUGUAAGACUCUCUGUGCUGUGUCCCUAUAUGGCCUUGUAGGGGCCCAUGAUUCAGUUCCCUAUUUUGAGUGAUGGUCACAGCCCAGCUCCGGCUUUCUGCAGUAGCGUGACAGGCAGCAGUGGGUGUGAAGGCCAGGCUAGGUGUUUGUGCUUAGAAAAUGUCUGACUCUGACGUGUGAGGCUGUCAUCUAGUGGUCUGUGUAAUUUAUGAUAAAUAUUGUUCAAUUCUGCACAGAGGUCAUGUUAUUUGAGAAUAAUAUAUGGACUGACCCAAAGUUUGAAUCAAUCAUGAAGUAUGUGUGUGUUCACUAUUGUUGCUCACCUAUAGGUCCAGCAAUGUGUAGAUUAUUAAUAUCUAAACUAUGAGAACAGGAUGAAUAUGUAAAGGGUGGCGUAGUGCGGCUACAUAAGGUCUGCCUUGCUACAUAUGGAUGGAUGUGUUGAUGGAUCGCUAAACAAAAUAGUUGUCUCUCCUCUCUUCCCUCCCAUCUCUCUCUAGUGUCUGGAGGAAUUGGACCUGAGUGUGAACCCGCUGGGUGACGGUCUGUCCCAGGCCCUGUCCUGCCUGCUGUCAGCAUGCCCCCUACUGGCCAGCCUCUCCCUGCAGGCCUGCAGCCUCACAGCCCGCUGUCUGCAGCAACACCGCAUCCUACUGGCCAGCGCCCUGGCAGGUAAGCAGCAACACUGCCUCCUACUGGCCAGAGCUCUGGCAGGUAAACCGGCUCAUUAAUAUACCCUUUUCACUCUGAUAUUAUAAAUAUUAGCAUUGGCCACUCCAGAGUCCCAGGACCACCCAUAUGUAAAAUGUAUGCAUGCAUGACUGUAAGUCGCUUUGGAUAAAAGCGUCUGCUAAAUGGCAUUUUAUUAUUAUUAAAGAUCAUAUAAAUGGUGAAGGAGACAACUCCAAAUGGAACAUUGCUAUCUGUUUGAGGUCGUUUUUGAAAUGUUACAGAAGAAUCAGAAUCAUCUCAUCAUCCUACAGGUACAGGGCACCUGAAGUCUGUGAAUCUGUCCCAUAAUGCUCUGGGCUCUACGGGCUUUGAGCUGGUCCUGAAGACUCUGCCUCUCCACUGUCUCACACACCUCCAUCUGUCUGCUAUCUGCUGUGGACCCGCUGACCACCCUGCUUUAGAACACCUGAUAUCAGUCCUGUCCCAGGUACACAGCACAUGCAAACACACAAAUACGCACACAAGCACACACACACAUUCAAAUACUGCAUCAAUAGAAUACUUGACAUGAAUUAAGCAUUGUUUGGCUAAAGAACUGCACAAACUAUCACAUUAUCUAAGUAGCCUUAACUGGGUGUAAACUUGUCCAGGAAGGUACACAAAAAAUAAACUGUUGUGCAAUUACAAUAAAUAAAUCGGUAAAUGAUAAAAAGCUUUUAUCAGAAUUUGUCCAAACAAUUGGUUAGGUUUCUGGUAAUGCUUGUUUCUCUGUAGCCAGUAAAGCCAUACAGGUAACUGCCAAAAUAAAGGAAACACUUGAGUAAAUGAGGGAUACAAAGCAUAUUGAAAGCAGGUGCUUCCACACAGGUGUGGUUCCUGAGUUAAUUAGUAUAGAAAUGCCCAGUUGCCCAUUAUUUUGGCUACCAUGGCUAGAAGAGAUCUCAGUGACUUUGAAAGAGGGGUCUGAAAGGAUCAUAGGAGGUUUAUAGGGUGUGUUUGUGUGUCUCAGUCACCAGAUCUCAACCCAAUAGAGAACAAUAGUAAUGGCGUCUUUUUGUAGGCACUAAAGUAGGCUAACUUCACCAUUAAUGUUUUUUUUUGUAGGGUUUUGGGAUAAACACUGAAAAAAAGGUCUGUGGUAAACACAGACAGGCUUAUGAGAUCUUAUACAUUUUGUUCUAUGAGAUCUCAUCAGCUAACAUCACUUUUUUGUGAAUUUUGUAAAAAGCUCAAAUCUGCGCUAACAUGUAAAAAAUAAAAACCCUCAGGUCACAUGCCUUUGACAUCUAGCUAACAGACUUAGUUACUUAUUAGACGGACCCAAAGUCUCCUCGGGACAACAUCGUUAGACAACCGAUAAAACGAGCACCUUCCCACUGAAAUGAUAUGGUUGCAGCCUGGAGCAAAACAAUAUACCAUCCUUGCAUUUUUGUUUGCACUGGUAAGCAGGAAGCUAACUAAACCAACUAGCUUUUGGCGUAAUGUAGUGUAGACUAGUUUGCGUGGUCGCCGUAGUGAUGUGAAAAUGUUGCGACUAAUGUUAUAGUUCCAUUUCUCUGACAGUUAGCGACUUGUUAGCAACGGACUUAUUUUGAGCACAUAAAGGCUCUUAUUGAACAAAGCGUAUAAGAUCUCCUAAGCCUGAGUUAACCUCAGACCUUAUUUUCGUAAUAUCUCCCAAAACCACCUUUAUUUUCCCCAUUCAUUUCCCCUAUAGGAAUGCCCAACGAACGAGAGGUAGAAAAUGCUAACUAAUUUCUCCAAUAGAGUUCCAGACACUUGUAGAAUCUAUGCCAAGGCGCAUUGAAGCUGUUUUGGCUGCUCGUGGUGGCCCAACUCCCUUUGUUGGUGUUUCCUUUAUUUUGGCAGUUACCUGUACCACAGGCGCAGCUACAAGCAUGUGAAAAAAAACUUUUCACAGGUUGAAAAGCAAGCAUGUCAUUCACACUUAUCUGCUAUCUGGCCAAGAAGCAUGUGCUGAUAUGUUAAGAAAGAAACAAUGGUUGUAUCAUAAUUGUAUCUUAAAGUGUAUAUAGCAUUUGACUUAAUGGGGAGCUAUGGCAAGAUUGUCUUCAAUAGAGGAACAAAUGUAGUGAUGGUCCGCCUGUAAGAAGGUUUGAUGUCGACUAAUGUUUAAGCUGGAUGCCAAGCUGAGAACUCAACACUGAUAUAUUGGGUGACAUAGUACUAACUGCCUGGUACUAAGCAGACCUGGGUUCAAAUACUAUUUUAAUUAUCUCAAUUACUUUCACAUACUGUACAUUUCAAAGUAAGUAUUCAGAUAUUGUUUAUUUGAAAAGACAAAUAGCAAUAAGGCCUGAGGAGGUGUGGUAUAUGGCCAAUAUACCAUGACUAAGGGUUGUUCUUAGUGCCUGGACACAUACCUUAGCCGUGGUAUAUUGGCCAUACAGUGCAUUCGGAAAGUAUUCAGACCCCUUGACUUUACAGCCUUAUUCUAAAAUGGAUUAAAUAAACAAUUCCUCAACAAUCUACACAAAAUAACCCAUAACAUUUUUGCACAUUUAUUAAAAAUAAAAAAACAGAAAUACCUUAUUUACAAAAGUAUUCAGACCCUUUGCUAUGAGACUUGAAAUUGAGCUCAGGUGCAUCCUGUUUCCAGUGAUCAUCCUUGAGAUGUUUCUACAACUUGAUUUACCUGUGGUAAAUUCAAUUGAUUGGACACGAUUUGGAAAGGCACACACCUGUCUAUAUAAGGUCCCACAGUUGACAGUGCAUGUCAGAGCAAAAAACAAGCCAAGAGGUCAAAGGAAUUGUCCGUAGAGCUCCGAAACAGAAUUGUGUUGAGGCACAGAUCUGGGGAAGGGUACCAAAACAUUUCUGCAGCAUUGAAGGUCCCCAAGAACACAGUGGCCUCCAUCAUUCUUAAAUGGAAGAAGUUUGGACCCACCAAGACUCUUCCUAGAGCUGGCCGCCUGGCCAAACUGAGUAAUCGGGGGAGAAGGGCCUUGGUCAGGGAGGCCCUUCUCUGACAGAGCUCCAGAGUUCCUCUGUGGAGAUGGGCGAACCUUCCAGAAGGACAACCAUCUUUGCAGCACUCCACCAAUCAGGCCUUUAUGGUAGAGUGGCCAGACAGAAGCCACUCCUCAGUAAAAGGCACAUGACAGCCCGCUUGGAGUUUGCCAAAAGGCACCUAAAGGACUCUCAGACCAUGAGAAACAAGAUUCUCUGGUCUGAUGAAACCAAGAUUGAACUCUUUGGCCUGAAUGCCAAGCGUCACGUCUGAAGGAAACCUGGCACCAUCCCUACGGUUUAGCAUGGUGGUGGCAGCAUCAUGCUGUGGGGAUGUUUUUCAGCGGCAGGGACUGGGAGACUAGUCAGGAUAGAGGGAAAGAUGAACGGAGCAAAGUACAGAGAGAUCCUUGAUGAAAACCUGCUACAGAGCGCUCAGGACCUCAGACUGGGGUGAAGGUUCACCUUCCAACAGGACAACGACCCUAAGCACACAGCCAAGAAAACGCAGGAGUGGCUUCGGGACAAGUCUCUGAAUGUCCUUGAGUGGCCCGGACUUGAACCCGAUUUGAACAUCUCUGGAGAGACCUGAAAAUUGUAAUUAUGGGGUAUUGUGUGUGUGUAUGUAUAUUGAUGAGGGGGGGGGGGGGGGGGAACAAUUUCAUCCAUUUUAGAAUAAGGCUGUAACAUUACAAAAUGUGGAAAAAGUCAAGGGUCUGAAUACUUUCCGAAUGCACUGUAUAUCACAAACCCCUGGGGUGCCUUAUUGCUGUUAUAAACUGGUUACCAACGUAAUUAGAAGAGUAAAAAAAACUGUUGUCAUCCCUGUGGGCUGUCAGCCAAUAAGCAUUCAGGGCUCAAACCACACAGUUUAUAAUGUGCAUUAUUUCCCUACAAUUGCACAGUAUAAUUCAGUGGCUAUCAUUCUUACAUGUUCUAUUUUUGAGCUGCUUUUGAAAGCAAAAGUCGAAUUGAAAACAUUGGCAUUGUUGAAUUCGAUUUUCAUAAUAGCAAGCUAGGAUGAUGGUUUGGUUACCAAGGCAACUACUGCAACUAUCUAGCUAGUAAACUUGCUAGCUACUUCAGUGGAUGUUGUCACAUUUCUACUGGCGAAGUAAUACAUUUCUAGUGGCAAUUAUGUUAAAUUAUAGCCAUGGUAUAAAAGGGAUAAUCAACUAAGGGUUCUAUGCGUUCUCUGAAAAAUAAUUGAACUCCGUGGAAGGUGAGUUCCACUCCGCUAACGCGUCAUAGAACACACCUUCCACGUCGUGCGUUAUUUUCUAGAAAACGCGUAUUUGGGAAUACACUUGGGAAGUAUUGACAUGUAUUUGAAAAUACAAUUCACUGACUUAAAUACACUCCCAUGCAUUUAACCCAGUUAUUUGAAAAUAGUAUUUGAAAAUGCUUUCAAAUAGGCUAUUUAUAGGAAGAAAAAUAAAUAAAUUUGACUUUCAAAUACUUCCAAUAGAAGUAGUUGAUUCAGGACACAUUUAUUUGAAAAUACACAGAAAAUAAAUAUUUAAAUAACAAAUGAUCAAAUACACACCCAGGUCUGGUACUAAGACAUAGUAAUAACUGCCUGGUCAAGGGCACACCAUGAGAUCAGGGAUUUGAUUGGUCCCUUGCUGAAAAUGGAGGAGUAGUCAUGGAGAACAUGGUUCUGAUUGGUCCUUUGUGUGCUCCACAGGAUGACUGCUCCCUGACCCAUCUAAGCCUGGGGGGAAAUGGACUGACGGACAACAGCGUGGCCACCCUCGCCAGGUGUGUGUGCGUUUGUGUUUUCUCUCAAUUCAUGUCACCCUUGUCCUUGAGCUGCCUGUGCCUUUUCCAAGUGUCCGCCCUGUACAGUACCUCUGGUUUAUGUAACUGUCCAGUAUUGAGACCCGUAUGUUCUGUGUGUCCAGAUGUCUGCCUGUCUGUCCCUCCGUGGUGUCUGUGGACCUGUCAGGUAACCCAGCGGUGACCUCAGCAGGACUCCACAGCCUCCUCUCCGCCCUCCGUGAUGCCCAGAGACCUUUGACCCAUCUCAACCUCCAAGGUACAGUAGGCCUAUUGUAGUCUAUUGGUUCUCAGUCUGGCUCUGUCUCUCUCUAAGUCCCUCUUAAUUUGUUCCAUCUCUCUUUCUCAGGUUGCCAGGUAGCCGGCCCCUGGGACAGCUCUAGUUUGGACAGCCUGUCAGAACAGGUCCAGGACCUGCGGCUGUGCUCCCAGAGGCUCAACAAACUGGACCGCGAGGCCCUGCAGCAGACCUGGGGCCAGAGGAGGCCCGGGGGCCACUUCCUCUCCAGAGAUGCCAAGUGCCUGCUCACUGCUGCCCCCUCAUUAUGA